AUGCUACCUGCCACCUCAUCAGCUUUAUCAAUUCCAAGGCCGCUGCUCGCAGACAUAUCGGGAACUGAGAUAGAGCGCUUCUACUUCCAUUGUUUUAGGGCCGUUGCAGGGGAAGCAGUUGGCAUUCGCCACAAGUACAACUCUAUGUUCUGGAAAGAGUCGGUCCCGCAGUAUUGUUAUGCCGUAGAAUCCAUGAAGCAUGCCUUUAUUGCAUUUGGCGCAGCGUACCACAAUUUCCAAAUGACUGGAGAACGAGUUGAUCCCACCGCUCCGCCAAGCAAAACUGAACGCUUCAUUAUCCAGCAAUAUACUUUAGCCAUGAGAGGCCUGGCACAGGAUACACAACAGGUCGACGUUCGCAGAAGAUACGGAAUAACUCUCAUCAGCUGCAUUGCAUUCUUCUGCAUAGAAAUGCUUCGGAAUGAUUGGAAAGCAGCCCUAACCCACUUAACCAAUGGCCUCCAACUUAUGGCGAACCUACCAGAGGAAGUGUCUGAUGUUUUACGUCACCCUGAAAAAUGGAAUCAAGGGUCGAAUAACUCUCACGUGAGGGUCUUAUAUCUGCUCCGACUUUUAUCAAGGUGGGAGGUGGCGAUGAGGUUAGUAACAGGUGACUUCCGGCCGCGCCUGACCUUACAAACAUACGAAGCUCGAAAACUUGAUGCAUCAGUCGGCACGAAAUUGAGCUCGUUGGAGGAUAUCUACGAAGCUGUCGACAGCUAUUGCCAAGACGCCAGCGCAUUUGCCUGGUUGACAAGAGGCCACCACGGCGAUACAACUUUCUGGGCGCAACAUUACCCCAAGCUUCAACACUCUGUUUUACUGGAGCGCUCCCGUUUGAUCGGAAAUAAAAUAUAUCUUUGUCAGAACGAUCCCGAUAUGAAGCGUCUUGAAAUACAAGACAUCAUCUUCUUCAAUGCCAGCAGACUCCGUCACAAAGGAGCCACUCUUAUAUUAAAGAUGCUUCCGUUACCCGAAAAGCCUGUCGGGUCGCUUGAGCUCGAAGAGCUAACAGAGUUCGAAGAUUUCAUUCGCGCAGCCAUUAGUUUGCGAGGCAUCCUAACUAGCCCGGCAACAGAGAAACUUUCUGGCGACAACGCAAAUGUCGAUCUUGCAGUCGUGCCGACUCUAUAUGUAACAGGGAGCAGCUGCCGGGAAGAAGGGUUAAGGAAGAAGAUUUUGGGUCUAGCCAUGGAGUGGCCGAGACGAGAAAACCUGUGGGAUGGGCCAGCGCUGAGGCAUAUGCUUGAUAUCAACGGGAUUAGCUCGAGUGAAGUAAGAAAGUUGGUGGCGGAGUCAGGGAGUGAGACGGUGCAGUUGUCCGGCUGCCCGCCGGCUGCAUAA